AUGAAUUUCGCAUCUAAAAGAAAAAGAGAAGAGGUGGAACCAGACACCAAAAAAGUGAAAAAUUUUAUAAACGAAAAGGAGAGACAAGAGUUCAGCAGCUCGAAUGAGUGGCCUGUUUACAACCAUCCGGACGGGGGAAUAGUGAAGAUUACGCCGUGGGGGUCUGUGAGACAAUAUAUGGAUGCCAGCGGGAACACGGUGACGAAGUUUGAAGACAUGAAUUUUCAGGAUAUAUCGUUUGCGAACAGCCACCAGACGGCGAAUGUGUACGAGAUGCCAUCGACGCCGGUGUCGAUGAACCAGAACUCGAACAAUUAUUCGUCGCCAUCGAUGUAUGAUGUGGAUGGCAUCAAGUUGAGUCCGAGCGACGAGGCAGAAAACUACGUGAUAAACGGGUACGGCAGGCUGCAGGGCAAUGGGGCCCAGCAGCAGCAAUUCCAGCAGGAGCACGAGAAUUAUUUUGGCAUGGAAGACCAUGAUUUGGAAUACGACGAAAUGGUCAAAAUCUAG